GGUGGGGUGGGGUCCUUGACCCCUCUCGGCGCGCUUCCCGCUCUUAGGAGCUUUCCGGGCUGGCGGCGCUCGCAGAUCCGCCCCGCCAUAACCUGCGGCCAAGGCUGGCGCGGUGUAGAAAUCACAAAUGUCGACAAAUGAUGGAAGAUCCAGGAAUCGGGACAAGCAUUACGAUGAGGUCCCAGGAGAUUUGGCUUAUGAAGAUGGCACCAUAAGAACCCUCCAGACUCUUCGUGACAGUGAGCUGGCUGUGAGUGCUGAUCCUUUGCCACCACCCCCUCUCCCAUUACAGCCACCAUUCGGCCCCUACUUCUACUCAAGUGACACAGAGGAACCAGCCAUAGCACCAGAUCUCAAACCCGUAAGGCGCUUUGUUCCCGAGUCCUGGAAAAACUUCUUCAGAAGGAAGAAAAAGGACCCAGAAUGGGAUAAGCCAGUGUCGGACAUCAAAUAUAUCUCCGAUGGAGUCGAGUGCUCACCUCCAGCCUCUCCAGUAAAACCAAACCACCGUUCACCCCUCAGCUCCUGCAAAGAUCCUUACGGAGGGUCAGAAGGAACCUAUAAUUCCCAGAAAGAGGCUGAAGUGAUGCUUCCCCAGGAUCCCUAUGGAUCUCUAGGCCGACACACACAAACAGCUCGAACAUACAGUGAGAAGGUGGAGGCGUAUAACCUGAGGUAUUCCUACAUGAAGUCGUGGGCAGGCCUGCUGAGAAUUCUGGGUGUAGUGGAGCUGCUUCUGGGAGCCGGCGUCUUCGCUUGUGUCACAGCUUACAUUCACAAGGACAGCGAGUGGUAUAACAUGUUUGGAUAUUCAGCACCCACUGCCAUCGGAGGCAUUGGUGGCCUGGGCAGUGUAUAUGGGGGCUAUUACUACAGUGGUCCCAAAACCCCUUUUGUACUUGUGGUUGCUGGAUUAGCUUGGAUCUCCACCAUUAUUAUUCUGGUUCUUGGCAUGUCCAUGUAUUAUCAGACCAUUCUUUUGGACUCUAACUGGUGGCCCCUAACUGAAUUUGGAAUUAACGUUGCCUUGUUUAUUUUGUAUAUGGCUGCAGCCAUAGUCUAUGUGAAUGAUAUCAACCGAGGUGGACUCUGCUACUAUCCAUUAUUUAAUACGCCAGUGAAUGCGGCGUUCUGCCGGGUAGAAGGAGGACAAAUAGCAGCAAUGAUCUUCCUUUUUGUCACCAUGAUUGUUUAUCUCAUUAGUGCUUUGGUUUGCCUAAAGUUAUGGAGGCACGAGGCAGCUCGGAGACAUAGGGAAUACAUGGAACAACAGGAGAUAAGUGAGCCAUCGUUGCCAUCAAAAAGGAGAAUGUGUGAAAUGGCUAUUGGUGGUGACAGACAGAGAGACCAAGAAGUUAAUUUCAAAGAGUUGAGAGCAACGAAAACAAAACCUGAAGUCCUGAGUGGACACAUCCCCGCCGGCCACAUUCCUAAGCCUAUCGUGUUGCCUGAUUAUGUGGCAAAAUACCCUAUGAUUCAGACAGAUGAUGAACGAGAACGCUAUAAAGCUGUGUUCCAAGACCAGUUUUCAGAGUACAAAGAGCUCUCUGCAGAAGUUCAGGCCAUCUUGAGGAAGUUUGAUGAGUUGGAUGCAGUGAUGAGCAGAUUGCCACCUCAUUCGGGAAACCAACAGGAACAUGAGAGAAUUUCACGAAUCCAUGAAGAAUUUAAGAAAAAAAAGAAGGAUCCUGCAUUUCUGGAAAAAAAAGAACGCUGUGAUUAUCUAAAGAAUAAACUUUCUCACAUAAAGCAAAGAAUUCAAGAAUAUGAUAAAGUAAUGAAUUGGGAUGUACAAGGUUAUUCUUAAACCUAUUUUAAACCAAUUUUUUAUAUCAAACUUAAUAUUUAUUUACUGUCUUUUUUAUGUUAGUCCCUGUGAUAGAGAAGCAAGUGCUUCCUGAAUCAGCUUCUAGUUGGUGUGGCUGGUAUGCAAUAUUAAAACAAUCUGAUUUCCCUUCAGACAUUUCAAAACAUUUAAAUUUAUUAAGAGCCUUUACUAAAAAUGAAAUAAAUCCUGUAUUCAUCUGUGUACAAUUUACAUUUAUCUUGUUGAAAUUAAAAGUGAUUUAGAGAUGGUAUUCUUGUGAUAUGAUGAGCAAUUAAGGUAUCAGUUCUGGUGCCGUAGCAUAUCAAUUUUUCCUUUUUUACUCAGACCAUUUCCUAAGAUUUUUCUAGGACAAAUUUCUCUUCCUAGCCAAAGAUGUCAUUUUUUUUUUUUUCCUCUUGAAAGGGGUUUGAAUCUACAUUUGCAAGCCUUAUGAUCUUGGGCAAGUUGCUUUAUCUCUCUGUGCCUGUUUCCUCAUCUGUAAAAUAGGGCUAAUAACAGUACCUACCUCACAGGGUUGUUAUGAGGGUAAGAUGUAUAAAGUACUAAAGUAUUUAGAACAGAGUCUGGCAUAUUAUAAGUGUUUGUGAAAUCUACGGAAGUGUUUGUGAAAUGAAUAAAUGCCUGAAUAAGUCUCAAAGAAAGGUCCUUAGUAAGUAACCAAAAGGCCAUGUGUCUCAUGACUUUCUUUUUUGUGCUGUUAAUAACUCUAACACGAAACCAUAAGCAGAUGCUUCCCUGUGGCUUUGUGCUCUCUGACGUCCAACUCAUCUUUAAUCAGUAUCGCUGUGCACCUGUCUCCACAUCCUCACAGCCCAGCCGUUCUAUGUACGUCACAUCACAUCACAUAGAAGGGCUGUGUGAAUGUUGUUGACCUCUUUCAUCCUGUUUGGAUGACCAUCCUCAGGCCCCGUGAUAUUGCAUUUACUUAGAAUCUCCCUUUCAUUUAUUGGGAUGCUUCAUCUUCCCAAAAAUUAUCUUGGCUUUGGCGCUUUAUUCAUGAGAAGUUUUUAAAUUUUUAUUAGUAUGAACAGUGAACUACCUAAAAACUGUUUUUUAAAAAAUUAUUGUUAUUGGAUCCUAUUCAGCUGCAACUAUCUUAUAGAUAAUUUCCAGGUGUAGAAAUAGAAUUUUUGCUUAAUGUAGGCGCCAUUCAAACAAUUGAUGUUCAAAGAAUUUUUCUAAGUGAUAAAACCAAAGAAAAACAUGUGGAAAAGAGAGUUAAAAAGAUUGGUUACUGAAUGAACUUCCAGGUUUUUCUUUGUCAGUGAAAUUUUAUUUAGUGUUUACUGUUAAUAUUUUAAUUCCAUGGUUCGCAGACUAUGCUUAGGGCCCUAAGAGUCUUAAGAGGUGACACCAAGAGAAGUGUGAGGGCCCCUCUGGACCCCCCUCAUUCUCCAUCCCCCACCAACUAGAACAGCUUCACUUUCUGCGUUAUAUAUUGGGGCCCCAUGUUAACAUUUCACUUAAGAGGACUGACCCUUAAAAAAAAAAAAGAUGAAAUAAUACCAUCUUCGUAGAUUGUAAAGAGUUAGAUUAAUACUGAAAUGAAGUGUUAAGGAAAUUCAACUUUGCAAAACUUAAUUUUACUAGAAUUGUGUUAAUCUUUGAAAACCAAUGUUGUAACACUGAUUUUUAAAUUUUUUUAUGUCAGUACCUAAGCAUAUUAAAAUUUUAGUUACCUGUUGUUUUGCUUUUCUAGCACUCCUGUGUUGACUGGGCAUGUUUUUGAAAAUGUUUUCCAUUAUCAGAAAAUAAACGAGAAAGUCAUUGAAAACCUGUA